UUUGAUUUUAAUUAUGGAUUCUUGAAUUAGACGCGCUUGCACAAGCAAAACGGUACGUGUGUACCCAAGACUUUCAAGUUUGCACAAGUUGGCGUAGGCGUCCAUUGUGUUGUGUGACUGGUAUCGUGACUGGUUGUAUGUAGGUAGUAGUUGAGUUUUCGUCAUGAGUAGUGAUCUCAAAAAGGCUAAUCGUGAAUGACUGGAAGAUUUUAUUUGAGAAUACCAAAAUCAUUCAUGUCUUUGGCACGUUAAAUCCAAAGAUUAUCAUAACAAAGCAAAGAGAGAUGCAGCAUACAAUAUAUUAGUAGAAAAAUAUAAGUUAAUUGAUGCUAAUGCUGAUAAGAAUACAGUUGUUAAAAAGAUAAACUCCUUCCGCACUAAUUAUAGAAGAGAAAAGAAAAAAGUUGAAGAUGCGGAUCACUCUGGAAUGGGUACAGAUGAACGUUAUGAGCCUACACCUUGGUACUACCACCUGUUUCACUUUAUACGAAAUCAAGAAACACCUAGAAAAUCAGUAUCUAACUUGAAUGAGACAGAGGAAGAAAUUGAAGCCCAAUCAGAUGAAAAUUCUCAAGAAAAUUUAGAUCUACCGAUUCAGGAUGAUGAGUCAACUACACAUGAUACUGAUAGUCAAACAAAUGAGGCCACACAAUCUACCCCAAGAAAAAGCACCAUAUCCCGACCGCCUAAACGCAAAAAUGACAAAUGUGAUACUGUGUUAGAAGCAAUUGAAUCUCAUUUUUAAAAACCUAAGAUAAAAGGAGAUAGAUAUUAUGAUAUUUUUGGGAAAAACUUCGCUCUGAAAAUGAGAGACGUGACAAAUAAUCGUCAGAGAUUGUUAGCAGAAAAAAUAAUUAACGACACAUUAUUCAUGGCAGAAAUGGGUCAGUUGACUCCGUCCCAUGGUAUUCGUGGUGAAACUAACAAUACAUUUACAGAUUGUUCUCCAACUCAACAUUUCAAUACUAAUUACUCCAAUUUCCCUUCAACCUUCCCUCAAUCUCAUGUACAUUAUGAAACCCUUUCUCCAGUAACCACCAAUGACAAUUACAAUCAGUCUAUCACGUCCUAUAUUUCAAAUUGUAGUGAUGUCUAAUGUUAUUUUGUAACAGUUUAUUAUAUACAACAUGUACCUACUUUUUGUAUGUCUCUUCGUUGAAAUAUCAAUAAAUAACUGAGUUAAAAUAAUUCUAUUACUCACCUUCAAAU